AUGCAAGACAAGUCGGCCUCUACCAUGGUCGUGGAAUCGAUGCAAGAGACCUUGAUAGAGCAGGCCAAGGUCCAGGAGGAGAACUUCCAGUCUAGCCAAGACGAGCUCAAAGCGUCCAUGGAAAAAAGCUUGGAACGGAGACUCUCCAGGUUCAACCAGGAGAUGGCCCUCCUGGGUACGCGCGUGGAAGAGGUGGCCACGACCGCAGCGACUUCCUCGGACAAGAUCAACAAAGAAAUAACUGCAGUGCGACAGAGCGCCCGAGAAUUGUCCGGGGAGGUAGACAAGCUGCAAACCUUGGUCCAAAAGAACCACACCGAGUUCGACUCCCACGUCAUGUCUUCCCGGGCCUUCAUCAAGAUGGCCGCCGACCAACAGGCGAGCUUGGGCAAGACCAGCACAAAACUUGUGAAGGACAUCGAUCAUUUCAAGGCAGAGAAUGGGGACAGGAUGACGAGCCUUGAGAGGAGCAAUGUGUCCGUUGUCACCACCAUGCGGCGAUUGCAAAGGUCGCUCGACGCUCUCGCGACAAAGGAAGGGCGGUGGGACCGUUUGGAGGUUCAGACCAAGCGACACGUGCAGGUGUUAGGGGGACACCUCGCAGAUCUCGAAGGAGCGGCUACCUGUGCCGAGCCCUUCAGUCUCGGUCCGGCGAUGCAGAAGCACGUGUCGGCGGUGUCCCAGAUGGUGGCCAAGAUCGUCGCUACUCGAGCCGACUACGAGGUCACACGGCAGGCAGUGAACAGAAAGAAUCCGGGAGAGGACAGCGACUGGGACAGAAAAGUCGAGGAACUGAGGAUCCGCUUCAUGAACAAGUUCGUGUCGGACGUGGUGCAAGUAGCGAGCAAGCUUAGACCCCUUCCGGAUAGGCCGGUGGAGGAAGUGAGGGAGACCUUCGCUACCAAGCUCGAGCUCAGCAUGAAGCUCGCCAUCUCUAAGUACAAGCCGAUCCAGGCUGGCGCCACCAUCCUGGGCAAGGUGCACCUGCUACCUUCUUGCAUGGCCUGCGACAGGCCUUUCAUCGACAAUCCAGGGCCCGGCGAUCCGAGGUCGGUCGUGCAAGACCAUCGGGGAGAGCGAGAACGUUCUAGAGAGCGUGCCUUGGAACGCGGUGGCGGGUCUCCAUCGGGGGGGAGCAGGGGUCAAUGGAACGGCGGGGGCAGAGAUCGCUCCCCUCACAAGUACGUCAUGCGAUCCGGCUUCAAGAUGCGCCAGUCCGCUAGCGAGGGGGGAGGCUUGGUGGCACACCCGAGAGCGGCCGGGGGAGGGGAAGAAAGCCUCGAGGACAUCUUGGGCGGGGGCAAGCGCUUGGUCUUCGGCAACGCCCAUUCUUCCUCCGUGAACCUCCCUCGCUUCCUCACCUGCGGGGGGAGCAGGUUUAGAGGACAUCAUCGAGGCGGAAGGGGACCGCGGAGGGGGAAGGAGCAACGGCGGCAGGCGGAGUGCGGACGGCGUCCCCCGGGACCAGAUCAACGGAGCGGUUUUAGACCUGAGGCCUUCUACCGUGGCUUCUCAGGCCGUUGUUCACCGACGAGAAAACGCCGGAGGACAUAUCACCUUCAGAGAUCAAGAAGGAGUCAAGGGAUGGGCAGGGGAUGGCACCAACGACAACAGGCGCGAUGGGGGGCGCAGAGGCGUAGUGGGAGACGGGGAAGGGUUCCACGAAUCCCCGGGUAGCAGCAGCGUCGACGCCGCCUCGAGAAAGGCAACUCCCUCGGUGCACCUACCGAACCUGCAGUAGUAGGCGUGGCGGCGGCUGCUUGGAACUGGAUUUUUGGUUCAGAUCAAGCGCGAUGCGUGACGUGGAGUGUUACCCUUCUGUACCGGAGGAACAGAUAGCCAAUAAUGUGUGUGUUGUGUAGGAGAGCUAGGAAGAGACUUUGCGUGUGCCGUCUUGGGUUUCGACACCUCGUGCUACAGCACGAGCAACAAGAAGAGUUCAGUGUGUGUUGUCCGCGGCGAACAAUCGAUGCUCCGCUGCGAUCGAACAGGGUCGUGUGGCGAUCGGGACGAGCCGCUUUCGAGCACCCCGUCGAUUUGGUGUUGCCCUCGGCCUGUGAGUGUGGUAC